AAAACCGCUGCUCACCGAAUAUUUCCAUUUCUACCCUUUCCUCGCCUCCGUCCCCUGCCGCCGCCGCAGCCAUGGCGUCGCGGCGCUGCCUCCUGCGCCUCCUCUCGAGCCGCCUCGUUCCUCAGAGAUCUCAACAUCUUGCACCGGUCUCGAUCGCGACCCGAACCCUGACCUCUUUGUCCGAGCCCCUCGGCUCCCCAGCUCCCCGGGCCCUCGCCUCCCCCCGGCUGUACUACCCCUCGCGCUGCCACUUCGCGACCCGCUCCUCCGGCGACGAGGACGACGAAGAAGACGAAGAAGAGCACUACGACGACGAGGGGAGCGAGGGGGAAUGGGGGGACGAGGAGGAGGCGGUGGCGGCGAAGAAACCGAGCGGGAAGACGGAAGAGGAGAAGGUAGCGGAGGCGGCGGAGAUCGGCUACAAGGUGUUGGGACCGCUCGGGGCUGACGAGAAACCCUUCAAGCCCUACGAGCCUGUCUUCGCUGUCGUACAGAUCGGCUCGCAUCAAUUCAAGGUGAGCAAUGGCGAUUCCAUCUUCACGGAGAGGUUGAAGUUCUGUGAUGUGAAUGACAAGUUGGUCCUAAACCGAGUUCUCAUGCUUGGUUCGCAAACUCAAACAGUUAUUGGGAGACCAAUACUACCUGAUGCUGCUGUUCAUGCUGUUGUAGAAGAACAUGCCUUAGAUGCAAAAGUGAUCAUAUUCAAGAAGAAACGCAGAAAAAAUUACCGCCGAACAAAGGGCCAUCGCCAGGAGUUGACAAAACUGAGAAUAACCAACAUUGAAGGAAUAGAUAAGCCAGAGACUGCUGCUGUUGCCGCCUAAAUUCAGGGCAAAGAGAGAAGUAACAGCGCGAUUUGUUUAUGGCAGCAAGGCCUGCCUAGGCAAUCAUUUUGGCCGGUCUUAUAAGUUCAGUCAGAUUUUGAUAGUCGAUACCAGUGAAAUGAUGCUUCUUUUCUUGUUAAUUCAAAGGUUAGAAGCUGUCAGCAUUCGGACUCGGGUACAAUAUCUGACAUGAUGCCAAUGCACUGAGCAGUUUGGGUGGUGUGGAUCGGCUGUUGUAGUUUACAGUGACACUUAUUUUUCAUUCUUGGUUAGCUUUUCUGUGCACAUCCUUUAUACAUGUGUUCUGAACUUCUGAUACGUCAGUUCCAUGUUGAUUACUAGAGUGUAAUAAUGAAACCGCAGUGCUUCGUUUCUGCCUGGUUCGAUGUCUGAAACUGUAAGCCCUGGCCUGUGCAAAUGUAGCUGCAAACCUUACGCU